AUGUCUGGUCUUGCAUUAACUGGUAUUGUGCUGGGUGUUUUGCCCCUCGCCAUUGAGGUUUUUGACAGAUAUGCCGAGGUGGCCAGGCGCAUCGAUGUCUUUUUGAACAUCAAAGCAGAAUACCUGGCAUGGAGCCGAGGUCUCAAGUACAAUAAGGUUCUAUACGAGCGAAAUCUGAAAGAACUGCUUCUUCCUCUCAUGAUCGAUGACGCAACAGAAAAGGACAAGAUUCCCGAACUCAUCAAGGAUCCGUUGGGAACUUGGUGGACCGAGCCCAAGACAGCUGGCCUCCUGAAGGCACGCCUUCACGAUUGCUAUGAGGUGUACAUGGAUUACAUUCGAGCGAUGGAGCAGGUGAUGGAAGACGUUGUCGACGAGCUGGCGUUUGGUAAUUCGUCAGUUCAAGGCAAGAUCACCACACCGGGUGAGGCUUCAGUCAUUGCACGUUUGACGGCCUUGAGAGACAGCGACAACCGGUCUUUCCAAUGGCACAGAUUCAAGUUUGCCCUCAAGGGUCCAGAAAAGCGAACACAGCUGCUCACGAAAUUGGAAGAUUACAACAGAAAGCUCCGGGAACUUCUCGAGGGCAGCGACAGACUCCGAGACCUCUCUGCGAAAACUCCUGUUGUGACUCAGUCCAAUCCUGUAGCCAUAGAUACUGCGCUUUGUAACUUUUGGUUAACAGCCGACACAUUCUUCAUUGCUAUCGCCUCAAGCUGGAACUGCCGAUGCAAGACCCACUGUGCGAACCUCCUUUUACGCCAUCGGAACGAUGCUACGGCCGAGUUCGAAGUACUUUUCACGAAGGAACAGCCAUCUCCGGCAACAUGGAAUGUCCGGAAAACGAGAAUUGUUGGGAAACAGGGCGUCAACUCGAAGCCGGAAGAGGAGGCACAAACUCGGAUGACCUCACCAUUGGAAGAGGAAGUGACGCUUGUAGAUGUAGAGCAAGGAGACGAAAGCGCCAACGCCUCCACUGGUUCCGCCAGGAUCACGACCCCAAAGAAGAUCAUUCACUGUCUCUGUACCGCCCUAGAAACGCCGGUCUCUUCUACAAUUCCAGGGGAGCGGGAACCCAGCUACGGCUACCUCAUCAACCAAGAUAUCACUUACCACAUCUACGACAUGCCCUACCACCUAACCCAGCAUCACACCACCGUCACUUUACAAGACAUCAUUGAUGCAGAUCUGUUCCAGGAUCUUGAACGCAGAAGAAGAUGCUCCCUGGCGCUAACGAUCGCCUCCUCGUUCGUUCAACUUCUUGGUUCUCCCUGGCUGCCCACGACCAUCACAAAGAAGGGCAUCAUCUUCCUCCUAGACCCGAACCCCUCGGCACAAUCACUUGCCGAAGACAAGCCAGCUUUCCUCAACGAGCCAUACGUCCACCAAACCUUCGUGGGCAAGAAAACGACAAGAAUUGUAGAAGAGGCGAUGUCGAUUGCCGACUCCCUCGACCAGCUCGGCAUCAUCCUCCUUGAGCUCGGCUUUGGCAAGCGUCUGAAAGACCAACCUUGCCGGCGACGGUACGAAGAGAAGUUCGCUGCGCCCAACGAUCAUGUGCGUUCACUGUAUGAUGUGUUGGCAGCAAGAGAUUGGCAAGAGAAAGUGCUCGGGGAGGCGGGACAGGAUUAUGCGGCUGCGGUGAAUUGGUGUUUGGGGGGGAAUCGUUCUGGCAGCAAAGUGGAAGAUCAGAAACAGCGUAUCCAAGCGCAUCGUUAUAGGGGGCACCAAAUUGACCAAUUAGAGCCUUCUAUUGAACAACUAGGCUAG